AUGGUAGAUACAGAACAAUACAUACAUGGUUUGGUGGACAUUAACAAUACACAAUUUCAGUUUACUGUUGUGUAUGGACUACAUACUAUAAGUACCAGAAUACCAUUAUGGACAGCAAUUCAUAAGAUGAGUAGUCAAAUUAAUGAGCCAUGGCUGAUUAUGGGGGAUUUCAACUCUAUACUAGAACAAGAAGAUAGAAUAGUUGGAAGCCAAGUUCAAGAUGCAGAAACAAAAGAUUUCAAAGAGUGUGUGAAUGAUUCUAAUCUAGUGGAACUGCAGAUAGGAGGAAGGAAUUUCACAUGGACUAAUGGACAUGUAUAUAGUAGAAUAGACAAAGCUAUAGUUAAUGCUGAAUGGGUGAAUAAGAUGGCAACACAACAGGUCAUUGCUAUGGAGCCUUUGUUUUCAGAUCAUUCUCCCCUAGGUUUGAUAAUGGAGGAAAAAAGAGGUACAAGGAAGAGACCUUUCAGAUUCUAUAAUUGUAUAGGAAAACAUCCAGAAUUCAGGGACAGAGUGAAAGAUGGCUGGCAAAUAUUAGGUGGAGGUAUGAAAGGGGUCUGGAGAAACCUGAAAAGGGUAAGGAAAGAGAUGCAACAUUUAAAUAACAAAGAGUUUAUGGGGGUUUCUAAGAAAGUACAAUAA